CCAUAAUAGCCAGAUAAAACCAGGAGCCGCGGACAACACUACACGAGCUUGGACCUGCUGAAAAGUUUUUGGCAGCAGCUAGCUGAGAUUUGUGAAUGAUUCUUGGCGCACAGAGAUUGUACAGCCAUGUAUAGCUUUGUGGGCCGAGCUGUCCACCAACGGUGGGGACUCCUCCUAAUCCUCGCUGCCCUACUCUUCGUUACAAUUCAGGCCCAAGAUAGCUCCUCCUCAAGCUCAGUUUCCUCCGCGGCGGAGUCAGAGCCUUCACCGUAUCCGCAAAAGCUACCCUGCAAAGACAACUCUGGAAAUAUCUAUCCUCAUGGAGAUACGUUUAAAAUGACCGAUUGUUCGGAAUGUACAUGUAACAAUGGCACUCUCAAGUGUACCUUCGAGUCAUGCCAACCACCAACAUGUCGAGAGCCCCUGUCAUUUCCUGGAGAAUGCUGUCGGCUUUGCCCAUACAAUAUGACCGUGAAUGACGUAACUCCAAACGCUCGCGGUGAUAGCAUCAAGGAGGGACAGGCUGAUAACGAGCUCACCGUCAACUUGGAUGUGCUGUAUGCCAACACCAGAGAAACCACAAGUGUUAAAGGCCAGGGCUUGUGGACAACUCGUCUGUGGAUGAGUAGCAACGAAGACGGGUCCAACGAACUCUCCGGCACGGUGGUAGAAGAGGCGCUGACCGAGGGACAGCAGUCCCAGGACCUGCAAAAGACUGGUGGCUCAUCCAAUUUUUACAUCAAUGACAUCAGGUACCAGUUUGAUUUGACUGGUCAUACCUGUGGGGAUGCCAAGUAUCUGUGUGCCAAAUUCAACAAGGGGCCCAAUCCCAUGCUAGAGAAGGACUUCUUGCCGUUUGCGUUUGAGGCCAGGCCCACGGAGGAAGUGUUGACUGGCUGCACUGAAGUUGAUUGUCAAGGGGUGACCGUCCGUGGCCUAAGAGCUAACGGUAGAACCAAUGAUUUGGUCGUUGGCCGCAAGUCGGACGUCACCAUCGACGCAACGGCAACGUUCACCGACCGUAGUCGCGACAUCUCUGGAUCGGGACUGUGGCGUCUGGGCAUCUUCGGCAGCAAGAGCGACGACGGCUCGGGUGAGAAAUUUGACUACCAGAGCCAGACGCUGAGCGCCUCUCACCAGGCCCAACCCCUGACCCCCGGCGGACCACGUACGCUCACCUACAACGGUGCCAAGGCUCAAUUUGAUUGGCUCGCGGUGGGCUGUAACGGUUUCAACUAUCUCUGCUAUGACUUCUCCAAGGGGCCCAAUCCCAACCCAGAUUAUACGUUUAGUGCUCUGCCCUCCGGCGACACCAUGACACUUUGCAACGAGCAGCAAUGCAAAGCAGGAACCACCAUCACCAGUACCAGUGCCCGACUCAACAGUGGCAAGGUAGCAGACGGCAGAGCCAGCAACCCAUACUCUAUCGCUUACUCCGCUACCGGUGGCGGCACGGGCAUUGUGGGCGACGGCAUGUGGGCGCUGAGCGCCUACGGAAGUCCCAACGCCGACGGCUCGGGCAAGAUGCUGGGUGAGCAGACGCAAGUCUUCAACCAGCAGCAGACCAGCAAGGAUUUCCUGCCGGCAGAGAGCACCCGCCUGGACUACGGCAACGUCGACUUCAACUUUGACAUGACGGGCCUGACCUGCGAAGACGUCAAGUACAUCUGCCUCAAGAUGCGGAAGGGAGAUAACCCCAACCCAGACUUCACACUGACCCCUGAACCCAACGAGGAUGUCUUGAGGAGUUGCGUGCCUGCAGAAUGCUCAGGAGUUAUUGCUGAGCGAUUUGACUGGAGUUACGACCCUGGUACUCCCAUUCCUGGACAGCAGACACCCGUCAGUUUCGACGCCCAGCUCGACACCAGGAGCGGCAGCCGGGACCUGUCCGGCACCGGGCUGUGGAAGAUGGGCAUGUACGGAAGCCGUAGCGCCGACGGCGAUCCAACCGACCGCUUCGGUUACGUCAGUCAGGCUCUCAAUCCGGCCGGUGCCUCCACGACACUCAGGGGAGGCCAGAGAAUGAACAUCCGGAACCAGCAGGUGGACUUUGACAUUGGCUCCAUCGGCUGCAACGAGUACGGCUACGUCUGCGCCGAGUUCACCAAGGGAGAUAUGCCUGAGCCAGACUUCCGAUUCGAAGUCAGCGGCCGUUCUGACGUGACGGACAACGUUCUGACAUCUUGCAAGAAACAGAAGUGCUCAGCUCGUGCUGUGUUUACUGGUUUGGAGUCCUCCAUCGGCGGAGACGGUCCAGUUAUUGAGGAGAAGAUGGAUAAUCAGUUGACCAUGGACAUCACAGGUGUUACCGGCGAAGGCUCCACCGAAGUCUCCGGUUCAAACCUCUGGAACGUGGGCAUGUACGGCAGCGCCAACCGCGACGGACGCGGUCGUAAACUGGCCUACCAGGAGCAAGUCUUGAGCCAGCCCCAGAGGGAUCAAACCCUGGAGACAGACUCCGAUCUGCCAUUCCCCAACACCCAAGUCAGCUUUGACAUGAGAGGGCUGCAGUGCGAAGAUGUCAAGUACCUGUGCACGGAGCUGCGCAAGAAUCCUGAUGCCGAUCCCGAUUAUACAUUUGUUGCCGAGCCAAAUGAGAGAGCCCUGGUUUCCUGCACUGAGCUUGGAGACAGAUGCAAAGGUGUGACAGUCACUGAAAUGGAUUGGAGUUAUGAGACUGGCACAAUGCAGUACGGGAUGCCGACCCCACUUGCCAUCGAUGCAACGGUUCGGACGACUCCAGAGAGCCGUGAGCUGGACGGUACCGGCCUGUGGAAGAUGAACCUCUUCGGCAGUCGCAACGCAGACGGUUCCGGCCAGAGGCAACCGGAGAGAUCACAGAUCCUAGAUGGAUUCAACCAGGCUAGAUCCAUGCCGGCCGGCGGCCCCAUCCAGUUCAAUGACAUCAGCACCAGGCUGCCCAUGGAAGACCUGGGAUGCGGGGAGUACGGAUACCUCUGCUUGGAGUUUGAGAAGGGUGUGUAUGCCAACCCAAGGUAUUCAUUCAGAACAGCCGGCCCCGGGGAUUCCCUCAUCAGCUGUAAGCCUGCAGACUGUGGAGGUGUAUAUGUGUCUGGAGUCGAUUCCACUCUCGUCGGCGGUGAUUUGUAUGAGGGCAAGACCGAUAACUCUCUCCAGGUGGACACCAUCGUGCAGACCACCGACCAGAGCGUCCCGAUGGUAGGCCGCAAUAUGUGGCGUCUGAACAUGUACGGCAGCGAGCGCCCGAACGGACAGGGCCCGCGCUACAACCCACAAGAGCAAAUCCUCUCAGAUUACUUCAGCAGCCAGGAGCUUAUGAAUCCCGGCGAAACUCUGAACUUCCAGACCAUCAACACCGAUUACGACAUGACGGGGGUCGACUGCAAGAAACUGAAGUACCUGUGUACGGAGUUCAGCCGUAAUCCCAGCUCCUCGCGCGAUUUUGAGCUCACCCCUGUCCCCAAUGAGAGAGUACUCCGAGACUGUAUGGAGGUGCCUGAUAAAAUGUGCAGAGGCGUUAUCAUCGAUGACAUGGACUGGAACAUGGAAGUGUUGUCCGACAAAGUCGUCUCCGGUCGACCGUCACCGAUUAGACUCUCUGUUGACGUGGAACCGAGACCAUCUGCUGGCAGCGCCACUGGAGACAGCAUGUGGAGGGUGGGCAUCUUCGGUUCCACCAGACCCGACGGCAAGGGAAGGCAGAUCGGACUCAGACGCCAGAUCCUGAACCGUCCCCAAUCCAGCCGUGACCUGACCGCCGGACAGACACUGUCCUUCCCCGAGAUCGACACCGAGUUUGACCUUUCGGCCAUCGGAUGCGAGUCGGAGUUCCAGUACCUCUGCGUGGAGUAUGCCAAGGGUCUGAGGGCACAGCCUGACUUCAAAUUUGAGACCGCUCGUGGUGGAGAGGUCGUGACCAAGUGUAAGGAUCAGGAAUGCCGCAAAGGUGUAAAGGUUCGUGGCCUGAACAUUGUAGGCAACGAUUACUCCGUCUUGAAAGAGAAUGACCCCUAUAAUCGAGUCAUGCUUGACCUCGAGGCAGUCGUCACUCCCGACAGUGGUGGUGUCUAUGGCGACAACCUUUGGGACCUCACCAUGUAUGGCAGCCAGUACGAGAAUGGCGCCGGACAACGUUUUAAUGAACAGCCGGGAGUCUUUAGCAACUACCAGCGCAACAAGGACGCGUACCCCGGCGAGAACAUCGACUUCGGUAUGGUGGACACCAACUUCAACAUGAAGGGCCUGACUUGCAAUGAUGUGCGGUACCUGUGCGCCGAGCUGAAUCAGGGUACCAGACCAGACCCGCCAUUUGAGUUUACACCGGUUCCCGAUCGAAGCGUUCUGAGAAAGUGCAUCCGUCAAAAAUGUGACGGCGUCACAAUUGACAGCACUGAAUUGAGAGGUGACGACUUUGACAUCACUGAUGAAACCACCGAGAUUGAAUUUGACGUUACCGUGACCUCCAACCCCAACAGCGGUGACGCCAGCGGACGAAACCUUUGGCGGCUGAAAAGUUAUGUCUCAAACGAUCCCGAUGGAACUGUCAAAGUCCGGACGCUUGAUAGCCAGACCCUGACCCCUGAGAUGAGCAGUCGUUCCCUGAGGUCAGGCACAAGACUGACCUUCAACAACCUGGCCGCCCGCAUCAAUAAAGAUGACGUGCCUUGUGAAGAGGGCGGCGGUUAUGUGUGUGUCGAGCUCACAAAGUCAGAGCAGUCCUCUUUUGAUUUUACUUUGGCUGGCGCUCGUGAGGGGGCCUUGAGGAAGUGUAAAAAACUAAAUUGUGUCAAGGCCGUCAAGCCCGAAAGAGGACCACCGGGGGAAAAGGGAUACCCCGGAGAACCGGCUCGUGUUUCUGACUUUCCCAUGAUUGGACCCCCUGGCCACCCAGGAGUCUCAGGACCGGCAGGAUUCUCUGGACCAAAGGGUUAUCCUGGCCGCAUGGGACCAAGUGGUCUGAAGGGACAACGAGGUGACGAUGGUCUCCAAGGAUACGGAGGACCGGAAGGACCCCCAGGACCACCAGGACCCCCUGGAGAGGCACUUGCCCCAACUUACCAACAAAACUACGGAUCCAUGAAGGGACCAGGCUAUGCCGGGGGAUACAACAGAGCACCACAGCAAGUCAUCCAGGGACCUCCUGGACCACCCGGCGCACCCGGAGCCUCUGGACAACGCGGAGCCCAAGGUAUGCAAGGAGUUCAAGGAGAGAGCGGACCUGUUGGCCGACCUGGACGUUCCGGACCGGCUGGCCCAAGAGGACCUGAUGGUGAUGAGGGCAGAGAUGGAAGCAACGGUAGCCCUGGAUCAAUCGGAGCUCCUGGCCCAGGUGGAAGACGGGGUGCAGGUGGCUACCCGGGCAGACCUGGGGCACAAGGACACAAAGGAUGGAGAGGUGCUCGUGGUCGCAAGGGAGCUCUUGGUGAUACCGGUGAGGCCGGUGAUACCGGUGCCACUGGAGCAGUCGGACCUGCUGGAGCCCCAGGAGCAAGAGGUGCCAUUGGUGUCCAAGGUGAGAGAGGCGAGCGCGGACCCCGCGGAUCCGUCGGAACUCGCGGUCAAGAUGGCAGUGAUGGUGAUAUCGGAAAUAGCGGACCCCAAGGAGCCACUGGAUCAAUGGGUGCCAUGGGAUUAACUGGUGCAAAGGGAGAUGCAGGUCCCCAGGGUGAUAUGGGCUUCCAAGGUAUCGUAGGUCAGCGCGGCGAGAACGGCGCUGACGGUGCCCCAGGAGCCACUGGUGCUACUGGAAACGCUGGAAGCGAUGGUGCUGUUGGUGCAGUCGGCGAUGCGGGCGCUGCCGGUAUGCCUGGCCCAGGUGGUGCCGCUGGAGCAAGAGGAUCUACCGGGGCUCGCGGAGCCACUGGACCCGGUGGUGAGCUUGGCGCCCCAGGCUACCCUGGACUAGCCGGAUCUCGCGGUGCUGAUGGACCUCGUGGUCCAACUGGAGGCGUUGGAAUUCGUGGUGAGCCUGGACCUGACGGUGGAGAGGGUAGUGAUGGUCCUGAUGGUCCUGUCGGUGCAACUGGUCCCCGUGGCACAACUGGUGCCCGGGGAGGCAUGGGCGGGCCAGGACCUAGUGGUCCAUCUGGUGCUACGGGUAUGCGGGGUGAUGCUGGAGCCCAAGGUUCUCGAGGAGCCCCAGGAGAGAAGGGAGACGCGGGUUCCCCGGGACGCACCGGUGAUCCCGGAGCACCAGGCCAACAGGGUGCCACAGGACCCAGCGGACGUCCAGGAAACGACGGAAAGCCAGGACCAGCUGGCCCAGGUGGAAACGAUGGACGCCCAGGACCCCCUGGUCCCGCUGGAGCCCAAGGAGAGAGAGGCCUUAUGGGUCUAACUGGAGCCCAAGGAGCUGGUGGAGAGGAAGGCAGGACAGGACCUGCUGGACCCCUCGGACAAAGAGGACCAUCUGGUAUCGCUGGAGACAUGGGACCUGAGGGCCCCGCUGGACCUCAAGGAGCUCAAGGUGCACGUGGAGACACUGGACCCCAAGGAGCUGGCGGACCCGGAGGACCUAAUGGUGGCGUGGGAGCAACCGGAGCGCGUGGAGCCCAGGGUAAGCGAGGAGCUCCUGGUGUUGCCGGACCCCCAGGACAAGGAGGACCAACGGGAAUGGCUGGUAACAGAGGAGAGAGGGGCCCGAUGGGUUUGGCUGGACCUUCAGGUCCAGAUGGUGACACUGGAGCCGACGGACGCGACGGACGCGAUGGAGAAGGGGGUGACAAGGGAGCCGGUGGUGAUGUUGGACGACUCGGAAUCCCUGGCCUUCCCGGUGCCCCUGGUGACCGUGGUGGUGUCGGCGGUGUUGGAAACGUUGGAGCACCUGGUGCCAGGGGAGCCAGCGGUAAGCGUGGAGUAUCUGGAAAGCCAGGACCAAGAGGAAACCCCGGACCCCCAGGCCAGCCUGGAUCCCCAGGUCUAAGAGGAGAAAGUGGAGAUGUUGGCCGCUCUGGACCAACCGGACCCCAAGGAACCAAAGGAAACCCUGGUGAGAGAGGUAGACAAGGAGAGCGUGGAGCCCAAGGAAUCCCAGGCGGAGCGGGACCGCAAGGACCAGUAGGAGCACGUGGAGAGAAGGGACCUAGGGGAGGUGUUGGUGAUCCAGGAGUCCAGGGAGGAGUCGGUUCACAAGGGCGUACUGGACCAAAUGGAGCAACAGGAGCCCAGGGAAAUCGCGGAGAUGCCGGUGAGCAAGGAGCAAUCGGACCUGGAGGAUCUUCUGGAUCCGCUGGAUUACCUGGACCAUCCGGUGCACCUGGAGCAAGAGGAGAGGUCGGACCAGCUGGUUCAAGUGGCAGGCUUGGAGCUAUGGGCCGACGCGGUGACACUGGUGCUGCUGGGGCAGCAGGUGUCCGUGGUAUCCCAGGACCCCCAGGACCUUCUGGCUCACGUGGCGAAGAUGGCAGGACCGGAGAUACUGGACCUGCUGGCCCCGCCGGACCUGCUGGCCCGUCUGGAAUUAUCGGAGAGCUUGGUGGCAUGGGAUCCAUGGGAGCCCCUGGACCCACUGGCCCAGCUGGCCGUCCAGGUGCCGACGGAUCCCCAGGUAGACGUGGAUCUCCUGGCGAGGACGGGUCGGUAGGACGUCAGGGAGCCCGGGGUGUAAAGGGACCACGCGGACCAACCGGAUCUAAUGGAAGAGAUGGUUCUGAUGGAGCCACUGGUGCCAAGGGAGCCACUGGAUCUCAAGGUGACAAGGGACCUCAAGGACCGCAAGGACCUGCUGGAACCGCUGGAGUGCCUGGUCGUCAAGGCCCAAUGGGUGGUCCAGGUGAGCGUGGCAGUCGUGGAGCUGCUGGACCUGCCGGACCAAGAGGUGGCCCAGGAGCCGACGGAAACAUGGGACCUGCUGGCCCCGCUGGACCUGCUGGAGCACGUGGAGAGACUGGCGCGACUGGAAUCCAGGGCCACAAGGGAUGGGGUGGCUCUCCUGGAGCCCCAGGAGCUCAAGGACCUAAGGGCGCAACAGGAGGACGUGGUCCGAAUGGACGCCCCGGACCCGCAGGACCUGCUGGUAUUGACGGUGCUCGUGGCCGAAAUGGAAAUAACGGGCAACAAGGACCCCGCGGAAUGACUGGACCAGGAGGCCAACGUGGUCCAGGUGGUAGGAGUGGGCCAGCUGGACCCCCAGGACCCCCAGGAAGAGCUGGAGCACCUGGAGCUCUCAGCUACUCAGGAUACGCCUACUCUGGUGGCUCAUAUGGCGUUAGCCAGGACAAGGGACCCAACCCCUACUCUAAUUACUACGGCGACGAUGCUACAAUUGCCGAGGAUGACUACGAGGCCCGCAUCAUUCAGCUGAGAAAUCGCAUUGAGAGGCUGCUGCUGCCCAACGGUGAGCCAGAGUACCCAGCCCGCUCCUGUAAGGAUCUCUUCAAGUGCCACCCGAUACUCCCAAGUGGUUAUUACACUCUGGAUCCGAGCGAGGGCUCCCACUACGACAAAUUUGUUGCCUACUGCGACAAGAAGACCAACGCUACCUGCAUCUACCCAGAUUACCCAAAGAUUCCUCGUGGCACCUAUUACCUUGGCGAGACCGAGGAACCAAUUGACUUCUCUGAUAUGAAGAACGGCUCAAUGAUCAGCUACAGCGUCAAGCCUGUGCAGCUGACCCUCCUGCGACUGAUCUACUCUGAAGCCAAGCAGAACCUGACCUACAACUGCAAGAACUCUCACGCCGUCGAGAACCACAUGGGUGGCACCCAGAAGGCUCUGACCCUAGUGGGACCCAACGACGUACGCAUCAGCAUCAAGAACACCCAGGCAGACUUGCAGUAUAAGGUGGACGGAGAAGAUGGCUGUCGGGUACACGAUGACACCGUGGGCAAGACCACCGUCUCUUACAGCACCAAGAAGACCGAGCGUCUACCCCUGGUGGACUUUGCUGUGUCAGACGUCGGCAGAGCCAAGCAACAAUUCGGGGUGGAAGUCGGCCCAGUCUGCUUCUCAUAGAUAGAUAAAAAACCACCCAGUGUCGACCCCAUAGCAGUGUAGAGUUUUAAUCACAGCAUAAACACAUAGGGAAGUCUUUAUUAACUAAAAAAAAAACCUUAACGCCAGUAGGAUUUUAGUAACUUCUCACUGCUGUCAUGGAGUCGCACUUUUUUCGAAGAAAAAAAAACGCUUUAAAAAUUUUUUGAUAAAGGACAGGUUUUAAAUCAAUGGUGCUUUUCUUUGUAUUUUUAAUUGAAAAAAAAGGAACUUUUUUUGAAGGUAUUCGAUUGUUGUGAAGGAAAAUUUCAGGUCGGGCGACAGCGCUUGUGUUGUGCGAACUUCCUGUGCUCUGCUGAAUUUUUUGUCUGAAAAAAAGAAGAAAAACUGGUGCUAGAAUUAAUCCCGUGCAGACAGGCUUGCAGAUGUAGCUAAGUCUCCGACUGCUGAGGGAUAGUCCCUAAAAUAGUUUGUAGACUGUGUGUGUACGUCUCCUUUUUUUGUGUAUGUGUGUGUUUUUGCCUAGUUGUGUAUUCGUCUGUUGAGGCAGCAUGGAAGUCUCUUUUCAAAAUUUAGUAGUCCCCAAAAAUAUCAAGACACUACCAAUUUAACAUCAAUUAAAACGCAAGAUUAUAAUCGUGUCUAUUUCCUAUGUCAUUUAGCAUGUUACAUUGAACAAAAUCCCCUGGGUUUAUGAUCGCAAAUGCAUAUAGCAGGCUUUUUCCCGACAGACCAUACCAUUUCAACAAACUAGUUUGUCUCUAGUUUUACGAGAACGUUCACCUUCUUAUUGUCCAUUCAAUUUCUGGAUUUUUUUUGCUGCUGCUUCUUGUUUUUCUUUGUCUUUUUUAUAUAGUCACAAUAAAGCUUCCCUAUAAUGAAAAAAA